AUGAAAACCACCAAGACCAAAAGGGCUCUGGUUGCUUGUAACACAUGCAGGGAAAGUAAAUUAAAAUGUUUAAAUAAUUGUGACUUAUCAAGUUGUCAACGUUGUACUUCAUUAAAUAUAAAAUGUACUUAUACUUUAAAAACAUCACAAUUAAAGAAGAAAAAACUAAUUAAUAAUCAUCAUUUUAUAAAACCGAUAAUUCAGAAUCAAUCAGUUCUUUUACCUGAUAAAACCCUUAUAAUUGAAGUUGUUACAAUAUUUUUUGAAAAUCAAUAUAAAGGUAUAUUUCCAUUAUUUCAUAAACCUUCAUUUUUAACAUUUUUAAGAUCAGAUUCUUUUAAUCCUGAAACUUUCAUAGAUCAUCCACCAAAUACUUCAUUAUUACAACCUGAUCCAGUUGUAUUAUUAGCUAUAUUAGCAUUAUGCGCAAGAUUACAUCCAGAACUACCGAAAAUUUAUGGAGAAUUUAAUGAAUCAACAGCAACUUCUUUUCAACCUAUUUUUACAAACGUUUUAAAUUUGAAUUCUGCAUCAAAUGCUUCAAAUUAUUUUGGUUGGCAUGCAAGAAAAUUAAUCGGAGAAAAUUUUGAUAAUCCUUCUUUAAAUCGAGUACAAGCUUUAUGUAUAUUAAGUAGUCAUGAAUGGGGAGAAGGUAAUGCUUUAAGAAGUCAUAUGUAUAGUGGAUUAGCAGUUAGAAUGGCUAUGCUUUUAGGAUUAGAUAAAGAAAAUGAAGAAAUUGAAGAAUUAUUUUUAGAAAAAGAAGUUAAAAGAAGAGCAAUGUGGAGUGCUUAUAUGAUGGAUAGAUGUAAUGCAAGUGGAAGAAGAUGUAAAUCAUGUAUAAGUAUAACAGAUGUUAAAUUAAAAUUACCAUGUGAUGAAAAAAAUUUUAUAUUUGGAGCUUCAAAUAAAGAACAAUUAUUUAGAAAUGAUUUAGAAAUUAGUAUAAAUAAUGGAUUAAUUAAAGAUGUUUCAUGUUGUGGAUUUAUGAUUUACUUAUUUGAAGUAUGGAGAAAUAUAUCAGUUUGGGUUGGAGAAACUGGUGGGAAAUUAGAAAGAAUUGCACCAUGGGAUGAAAAAUCUCCUUUUGAUAAAUUAUCAAAACAAUUAGAUAAAUUUGAAGAUUGUUUACCAUCAAAUUUAAAAUUUAAUGAAUUUAAUAUUUCAGCUCAUAUUGCAGAUGGAUCAGCAGCAGAUUUUGCUUAUUUUCAUGGAUUAUAUUUUUUAUGUAGAAUUUUUUUAAAUCGUGAAUAUUUUUAUUCAUCACCUGAUGCAUUUCCUAAUGGUUGGUGGAAACAAUUAGCUAUACAAUUAUUUGAAACUUUAGAUAAUUUAAAUCUGAUAACUCAAACUUUAAAACCAAUGAAUUUAAUGGUUAUUGCACCUUUUACUGGAUUUCAAGUAUUUACAACUGCUUCAACAAGUUUAUAUAUUGCAGCAUAUCCUUCAAAAGUUUUAGAUCAACAAUUUUCAUAUGAUGUUACAAAAAAAUAUUCAAAAAUGGCAGAAUAUUGUUUAGAAACUUUAAAAAGUUGGCUGAAAUCUUGGGGUUUAGGUAAAAAUUGGAUUGAAACUUUAUUAAAAUUAAAAACAACAUUUAGAGAAAUUUCAGAUUAUCAUCAAGAUGAUGAAUUAAGACAUAAAAUGCAUGAUUAUGGAAAUAUUGAUCAACAAAGUACAAAAGAUUCAAUGCAAAUUCUGAAUCUUAUUACUGAAGAAAAUAAUUCUGAAUCUACUUUAGAUUUUAUGAAAAAUUUAGAUUUAGCUAAUAUUUUCCCAGAUUGGACUAUUGCAAUGACUUCUUGA